AUGAAAACUGAAACUAUUUUAACGAUAACAACAAUUCUGCAAAUUGCAAUUGUUUCAAUCACAUUUGCUGAUGGUAGAUUUGAUAAUCCACAAUGUCAUGAAACACUGCGAAACGACGCUCCCAGUGGGAAAACUUUGCUUCUUUUCAUGAUUGGGUAUGCUAGUUCGCAUGAAUACGAAGUGAGUGAUUAUAAACAGGGAAUAUGGUUGGACAUCGACUAAAUCGACUAAAUAACAUUUUCAUGUUUUUUUAAGCAAAUGAGUUGAAAUAUUGGGUUCUAAUGUUAUUCAUAUGAUAGAAUGGUCUAAGACGAACAGAGAGAAAAAAUUUUGACUUAUGGAUAACGUAAAGUCAUAAAUUUUGAUGACUUUACGUUAUCCAUAAGUGAUUUAGCGAGGUUUAGUCGAUAUUUAGUCGAUAAGUCGCUAAAUCACUUAUGAGUAACGUAAAGUCAUCAAAAUUUAUAUCAUUCUGUUCGUCUUAAACCAUUUUAUCAUAUAAAUAACAUUAGAACCCAAUAUUUCAAAUCAAUUGCUUAAAAACAUGAAAAUGUCACUUAGUCCAACUAUAACAGGGAAACUAAGAUCGAAAAAAAACUACUAAACUUUAGACAAGAAAACAAUUAUUUCAGAUUGAAAGAAUUUUCUAUGUGCUGAAGCAAACGGCAUGCUGGAUUCCAGAUCAUCCAGAAAUUAAAUCAGCCGUUUCAUAUGCGGGACAAGGCAUAAACGAAUUCAGAAUUUCGACAGACUCGAACGAAACUCGAAAAUUAUUGAAAGAAUACAGUGAACAGAUUCCAACAAGAACACAAGACGGGUUCUUGAACGAUCUUUCAACAAUGAACAAUCAGUCGGAGUUGCAAGGAUUUGACAAGGUUAUAAUUAUUGCAAACCAAGCAUAUGAACUUGAUUUCUAUGCAUAUUUUACCGCCUUCAAAAAUGCUGGUCUCGGCGGAAACUUCAAAUUUUCCCAAGUCAUAUUUUAUAAACCGACUGACAGUAAUUAUGAAAAACUGGUUGUUAAAGAUUAUGAAGGAGUGACGACAGGCAGUCGUAAGAUUUCAUUUUCAAAAUCAAAAUUUUUAAAUGGAAAUCAAUUUUUAAAAAUAGAUCAAUUUCAAAAAACAAAUUUCGUUGGGCGCGCUGCGUCUCAUUCAAAAUACUCUUUAACUUUCAGCCAUCGCCUCAGAAUCCCUUCGACUAGCGACCAGAGCUUUGUGAGUGUGAAAUUUCAGAUAUUUUUUCAAUAAUCUAAAUUACUUUCAGCAUGGAUAAUAUUUUGGAUCGAUCAACAUCAGAUGAGCCACUUGCUGAUCUAAGACAUCUGAUGCCAAGAACUCCACCGCCAGUUUCGAAUCCAAGACUUGCCCCGAAUGCACAACAAGCUACAACAGAACAAGCAAAAGAAGAGGGAUUCCCAAUGAUGUACAUAAUUAUCGGUGCAGUUGUGGCUGUAAUCAUCCUAAUUUUGCUGAUUAUUGCCAUUGUUGUCUGCUGUGUUUGUCGCAAGAAGAAGAAGGAAAAGAAAUCGGAGAGCAAAAGAAAGCCGAAGAAAAGUGGAAAAAGCAAGGAUUUGGAGAAGAAUGGGAAUAAGAAGGAGAAUAGUAGACGUGGUAAAAAGACUCCAAGUGACUCGAAAUCGCAAGAGAAAAUUGGUGGGAAAUCGGCGGAACCGGUUGUGGCUGCAGCUUCUGCAGAAUCGCCAGGUUUGUUGGGGACCUCAGACUCUAGCGAUUUGGGGUAGUAAAUUACACACUGUGUAUUGUCGAACGAAUGAAAAAUAUUACUUCGUCAGUCGCGUGCGGCUGUGCGUCGCGGUUCCUUUGCUUCCCGACCGCGACGCAUAGCCGCGCGCGAGUGACGAAGUAAUAUUUCUCAUUCAUUCGACAAUACACAGUGUGUAAUUUACUACCUCGAAUCACACCUUUUAUGUUUUCUCUAAAUCUCUCAUUUUUGCGUUGAUUUUGUCGAUUUUUAGUCCCACCCCAUAAGAUUGUUUCAAAAAAUGCACGAAAUGUUGUGGAUACAGGGCGUGCUCCGCAAGCCCUGCUCAAAUUCCUAUUUUCCAGCCGUCCCUACUCCAUCAAAAGAGGGUUCGACGAAAAAAUCGGUGAUGAAAUCGAAGCAGGCGAAAUCUGACGGAACAAUGAGCGAAUUGGCGUUUUUGAAGAAUAAGCCGAGAGAAGAGGAGAAGAAGAAGUCGACGCUCAGCGAAUCGUUGUCAUUGUCGCCGAAUGAUGAUAGUCUUGCACAACAGGACAAGACUCAAUCGUUUUUCAAGAAGAAUGAAUCGAAGAGAACAUAG